CAAUAGCAGGAAAAUCUUCUUCUAAACGGUACACGGAGAAGAAAAAGAAAGCAAAUGAAAUCAUAACUUGCUUUGGUUGAUUCUUUAUUUUCAAUCAUGCCAUCACGCUUUUCGCCACCAGAAAUUAUGGUGGAGGCGCCACCGCAGCACCAUCGGCACCUCCACCUCCUCCCCCCACUACUCGCUGGAACCAUAACUGUAACUAUAAUCCUUUUAACCGUCUUGACCAUCUUCAUCUACCGGAAGCUCUCUCGCAACCGCACCGCUCCAUCGGAAUCUCCACGUCACCGUCACUGCCGCCAAUUCUCAUAUUCCCUCCUCCGCCGCGCCACAUCCUCGUUCUCUCCUUCCAACCGGUUAGGCCACGGCGGAUUCAGCUCAGUUUAUAAAGGAAGUCUCCCUUCAUCACCUCAACCACUCGCAAUUAAAGUUAUGAACUCAAAAGAUUCAUUGCAAGGAGAGCGUGAGUUCCACAACGAACUCUCUGUAUCACGCGCCUUGGGUUCUCCCCACAUUGUUCCUCUCAUUGGGUUCUCUUCAGAUUCCAGAAGAAGAAGGUUCGUUUUGGUUUACGAAUUGAUGGAAAAUCGGAGCGUGCAAGAUGCGCUGUUGGAUAGAAAAUGCGAAGAGCUGAUGGGGUGGAAUAGAAGAUUCUGUGUUAUAAAUGAUGUGGCUAGAGGGCUGGAGUAUCUUCAUCAUUUCUGCGAUCCGCCAAUUAUUCACGGAGAUAUUAAGCCAAGUAAUGUUCUUUUGGAUGGAGAAUUCAAGGCCAAGAUUGGUGAUUUUGGGCUUGCUAGAUUGAAAACGGAGGAUCUAAUUGAAGGGCUUGAAGAAGGCGAAGUCUUGAGGAAAAAAGAUCUCUUUGGAGAAGAUAACGGAUCAAUUUUAGAAGAAGCAGAGAGUGUUUUGACUGGGUUUGAAGAAGGGGCGAGUUUGACGGUUGCUGAUAGGUCACCAGACAGCUGCGUUCUUAGAGUCUUAGAUUCGGAGGCGUCGCCGGCUGUGUCACCGGAGAUGGGGGUGGAGAAAGGGAGUGUUUUGUCUGAAGGUUUCUUUGAUAGGGUUAGUGUGGAAAGUGGGAGAGAUUUGGUUGGUAAUAAAAAGGGUGGUUCAAUAAGAGAUUGGUGGUGGAAGCAGGAUACUGGAGGUGGGUCUGAAUCAGGGAGAGUGAAAGACUAUGUAAUGGAAUGGAUUGGCAAUGAAAUUAAAAAAGAAAGACCCAAAAAUGAAUGGCUUGCUUCUCCAAGCUCAGUUGACUAUAUUAAUGACAGUAAGGUUUCCAGUUCGAAUUUUGAGCAAAAGAAGGAAAAGAUUCGGAAGAAGGAGAGGAAUAGGAAGCCGAGAGAGUGGUGGAAAGAAGAAUUUUGUGAAGAAUUAACUAAGAAGAAGAAAAAAAAAAAAAGAGGACUUAGUUCGAGUAAUAAUGGAGAAUUCUGGUGGCAAAGAGAUGAAGAAAUAGUAGAAAGGAAAAAGAAGAAGAAGAAGCGUAGUAGAGGCAGCAUUGAUUGGUGGUUAGAUGGAUUUAGUGGUGAAUUCAAAAUUGGAAGAAGAAAUAGCCAAGAUUGUGCAAGUUGGGAUAUACCAAAGAGCGGUGGGAUCAGUAGUACGCCUAGUAUGAGAGGAACGGUUUGUUAUAUUGCGCCUGAGUAUGGUUGUGGUGGCUUACUUUCAGAGAAAUGUGAUGUUUAUAGCUUUGGGGUUCUGGUUUUGGUUGUAAUCUCUGGCCGUAGGCCUCUCCAAGUGACGGCCUCGCCAAUGUCUGAAUUUGAGAGGGCAAAUUUGAUUUCUUGGGCAAGACAACUGGCUUACAAUGGGAGGCUUUUGGAACUUGUUGAUCCCUCCAUUCAUUCACUGGAUAAGGAUCAAGCAUUGCUUUGUAUUACCAUUGCAUUGCUUUGUCUGCAAAGAUCACCAAGCAAGCGGCCUACCAUGAAAGAGAUUGUGGAGAUGCUUUCUGGUGAGGCUGAGCCACCAAAUUUGCCUUUCGAAUUUUCGCCUUCCCCGCCAUCCAAUUUCCUGUUUAACUCCGGAAGAAGGCUCGGUGAGUGUUAGAUCUUUUAUACUAGCAUUUUGAUUAACCAUAAAGUAUGUACCUAGUUGCAGGUCAUUUGAUCACUACUGGCUUAUGUACAAAUAGUUGCAAAAAUGGGGAAAAAAGUUGCUUACAUUAUCUCAUAAAUGCGUCUCUUUUUGCUUGCUUUGCUUUUUAAUUUUUUUUCCCUUUUUUUAGGUGUUUGCUUGAGUCCACAAAUCCUCCUUUGACACUUAUUAUUAACAGCUAUGACUUAAGAAUUUUCGGAUCAGCCUCACUCUGCUUGACCUUUGCUACCAGUAGUCCACUACUGUUGAGUGUUAGGAAUCCCAGGAUUAACAGUAAUGUAAAGCGACAAAUAUAUUGCAUUUUGCUUUUUGGACGGAGACGUGACCUUGAUUAGAUUUAAGUAUAUAUAUAAAUUUGCUUUGUUCCUGGGGGUUUAAUAGAGAGCCUGUCGCUUAAAAGCUUAAUUACCUGAUUUUUGGUGUCCUGUGGGUUCAGGCAAGCAUUGCAUUGUUCUUUUUCCUGACUUUUGCAACUAUAGGGCCCAGAGAAUAGAUCUUUUUCGUUUAUCUUAUACCUUUCAGAAAGUAGCUGACUUUUAUUCCAAGUAUCAUGAAAUUCAGUAGCAGGGGACAACUUUUGGUCCCAGUCUUUGAUUUUGCAUUAUGACUACACACACUGUCACCUUCGGCUGAAUAGAUAUGCAAUUGCAACACAACCCAGAAAGACAGUCGAAGUUAGCAUGAAAGAAACAGUGAAUAAACGGUUUGCUAGGAUCAUCAUAGACAAUUAUUAAACAUGAUUAUUGAUUAAAGAAAUUAUUCGGAACUAAAAAGAAAAUGAAGUAGCUGCUAUGAGUCGACAAACAUGACUCUACUCAUCAUAAAAAACGAGAGGACGAGUGACUCGUCAAAUUUCAGGAAAUCGGGCAAUAAACAGUCGAUGAGACCAUGAUGGAUGUUCUGUAAUGAA